CUUACUAAUAAUUUUGCACAAACUGUUACUGUGUCAUACUACAGAGAUGUAUUUUACACUUUUUUUUCAGGAGCUGAAAUCAAUUCUUAAUGUGUUAAGAAUUGAUGUGGAUGUUCCUAAACAUGAUGUAGGAAAUCCGUUCAUGGUUCUUCAUCUUCCCUCUAUUGAGAGUGUCAAAAAUAUUGCCAGCAGAGCCAUACUGAUUAGGUCAGUGUAUGAAUUAUGGGCCCAUGGAACUACCUAUGCGGAACUAAAUGCUGCUCUACAGCAGCUACCAGACACUUUUACUGAGCCCCAUGUGAAAUGUCAGGAAUCUUACAGGUUUCAUGUUACAUCAUUCAACAAGUCUAUACCCAACAAGGAGAAAAUCAAGAAAAUUGAGAGUCUGGCCUCAGAUGUAUUAGACUUUCAAGGGAAGGUUGAUCUGAAGAAUGCCAAACACAGUUACCAUAUUGUUGAACACUACGGACCAUUUCCUCAACCACCCACAGAGGAACCUGUUGAUAUCUACUUUGCUAAAUGGAUUGCAGAUGGACAGAGAGAAAAGAUAAAUGAAUUCCAUCUUCAAAAACGACAUUUUAUAGCCAAUACAAGCAUGGAUGCAGGUCUAUCUAUGAUAAUGGCUAAUAUAGGAAAAGUGGAGAAAAACAUGCUCGUAUUUGAUCCAUUUGUUGGCUCUGGAAGUUUACUUGUAGCAGCGGCUAUUCAUGGAGCAUAUGUUUUAGGAACAGACAUUGAUUAUCUACUGCUGCAUGCUAAAGCCAGACCAAGUCGUUGUAAUGAGAAGAAAAGAGCAGCAGAUGAGAGUAUAAGAUCUAACCUCCGCCAGUAUGGUCUUGACCACCUGUAUAUUGAUGCCUUAGUAGCGGACUCCUCUCGUUCUAACAUGUGGAGAAACAAUACAUUGUUUGAUGCAAUUAUCACUGAUCCACCUUAUGGUAUAAGAGAAGGAGCAAAGAAGGUUGGAACCCAAACAGUAGAUGUGACAAUAGAUGAAGACUUGAAAACCAGUGGUAACCACUACCCACAGAGGCUUGAUUACCAUCUGUCAGAUAUCUUCAAGGAUCUUCUCAAUUUCUCUGCCAAAUAUCUGCACAAAAAUGGCCGACUUGUGUACUGGUUCCCAGUCUCCAUACAAACAUAUACUGAAGACAAUAUUCCAACACAUCCUUGUCUACAGAUGGUACACAACUGUGAACAAAAACUGAACACCAGACUUUCCAGAAGACUUAUAACUAUGGAGAAAGUUAAAGAUUUUUCUGAUGGUAUACAAGAAGCCGAGGUGAGAGUGGACCACUUUCAGGAAGCUACAUUCAGGGAGAUGUACUUUAAUGACUCAAAUCUACAGAAAGAGAAGACUGUAGGAACAGGGAAGGAAAGGACUGCAGGAAUAGAUAAAUUGACAAAUAACGUUGAAUGUUUAGAUGUUGAUGACACUUGACCAGCUUCUGUUUUGAUGUUUAAAAUUUUGCUAUUUCUGUGAUUUUUUUUCACGUCGGUUUUAAAAAGAUAAAAGCAAAAAUAAAAACUUUUAAAACAAAUAUUUUUCAAAUAGUGCUCAACCCAGGUUUCGUUGGUUCGAGCCCCAGUGGGGUAACAACCACGCCUUCUCAUAUGACACCAGAACUGGUUUUUCCAGGAAGCAGACUCGAGAAUGGUUCAAAUAAGCUUGAAGAUUUCAUCACUAUCAAGCUAAAAUAAAUUAGUAUAAACUAAAUAGUGCUGUGAAUAGCUAGAAAGCUGAUCUAUCAGCAGUGAUAAAGAAAAAAGUACAUUAAGUAAUAGGGUCCACAGUGGUGAGAAGAAAUAUAUGUUUGAUAGAUAGUUCCCUAUUUUUGCAACAUUUAUCACCCUUGAAAAGCCUAGCAGCCAUUCUGGGGGCAAAAUUCUAGAUGUCCAUAUUAUUUUGGUUGUUCUACCCAGGUGUCCGCUCGUGAUGAAAUAAUGCACGGAGGGGCACCUGGGAUCUUCCUUCACCAUCAAAGCUGGAAAGUUGCUAUUUAACCUAUAACUGUGUCGGUGCGACAUUAAACCCAACAAAACAAAAAAAACAUGUACAGACUAGAAGAUGUUUUGUAGAAAAGUACGUCUCCCCAAAAGCAUAGUAGUAAUAGGCAAGAAGUCAGUAGGGGACAGGAGCGAAAAAGUAAAAAAAAAAGGGAUCAUCUUCUCAACAUGUCCAGUCAUCCCAUUAAGUUUCAAUGUUGUGGGUCUCAAGUUAUGGAUAGGAUAUGGUUUUCCAUGUUCUGGCCCCUUUGACCUUAACAUAAGAAAGAAACAAUCAAUAUGGGUCAUCUACUCUGCAUGUCCAAUCAUCCUAUGAAGUUUCAACAUUCUGGGUAAAAUGGUUCUCAAGUUAUUGAUGAGAAAAACUUUUCCAUGAUCAGGCCUCUGUGACCUUGACCUUUGAUUGAGUGACCCCAAAAAUGAUAGGGGUCAUCUACUCCAUAAUGCCCAUCACCCAAUGAAAUUGGAAGGUUCUAGGUCAGAUGGUUCUCCUGUUAAUGAUGGGAAAUGAAGUGUGAUGGAUGGAUGGACAGGGCAGAAGCAAUGUGUCUCCCCUAGUAACUAGAUAUGGAGCAACAGUAUAAGAAAAGAAAUUGUGUGUAAAGGUCAUAUAGCAGUAGUAAGGUCAAAAAUAUGCUUUGUGGUGUAGUCGAAAAAAAACCUGAUAAAUAGUCCUGAUCGUUGUAUUUUCAGAGUAUUUGUGCUUGAACUGGAGGCCAAAUGGGCAUUAUUUUGCGUAUUGAAUGUAUUUUACAUUUGACAAGACACGUUUCAUGCUUAUAUUCACAUGUUUUCAAGUUGUUUAAUCGAAAGCAAAAGUAGGGUGUUUUUUUACUAAGGACCGCUCUCUAAGAUGCGGCAAUAUGAGAGUACCUGACCAGUUGACUUGCAAUUCACUGCAUACUAUUCAACAACCCUUUUUCUUUUCAUUUUCAUGAAACAAAUGUAUGUAUGUUUUGUGGAAAAUAGAUCUCUGAUGGAGUGAAAAUCUAGAAACUAUUUCAACAUGGACUUGAAGUGACUGCAUUUUAUAUGAAACAAAGAAUUUUUUUUGGUAUAUAACCAAAAGCAUCUGCAAGAAUAUGUAUACGUUGUUUAAUUGAGCCUAUAUCUGUUGGGGACAUGAUAACUAUUGAGGCUGUGGAAAGUCUCGUGUUAACUAUGUACAUUGUAGACAGAUUAGUGAGAGCAAUUUACUAUAAAACAACAAGUUUGUUGAGUGGCAUGCCUCAGGGAUGUUUGAAUGACAAUCUGGUAGGUCAAGUGGGAACAAAUAUUACUGUUGAUUAUAAUUUUUGAGUUUAUUGUAUAUGUGAACAAGUAUAAACAGUACCAGCAAAGUAACAAAGCAUGUGAAACAAAACAAAAACUCUAAUACUGUAUAAAAUACUGUAACAACCAGCUCAAAGCUGAUAGCAUGUCAGCUGUUAACAAAAUGAAAUAAAAAGAUAUGGAAAAAUACACUUAUUCAAAU